AUGCCUGAUAUACCUGCACAUCUAGAUAUACCAAAUGGCGCAACUUGUUUGGUAUGUUACGAUGAUUUAGAUAGGAGCAAUGCCGUGGCGUACAAGGUUACGGAAGGUUCGGAAUGGUCGUUAUCAACCUUCUGUAUCAUUUGUGUCAAGUACAUGUUGAAAACCCAGUAUGGAAGGUACAUUAAUGCUUUAAAGACUACCACUUGUGCCAAGGAACAGAGGGCUCUACUUGAAAAGGGACCACCAAUCAACAUAUCGGACCAUUUGGGUUUUCCAAUAGCUGAGAAUAACGAAGUAUAUGAAUUAUUUGAUGUUGGUGAGGGCAAGUUAUUAUCCGCUAAGCUUGAGGGCAGCCUGGUGGGGGAAGCAAGGGAGAAACUGUGGAACGAGCUUAGUCAGUUCAAAUUCAAAGGUGACAACGAGGAGUGA